AGCGCCCAAAGUCGCGACUUCACACAUUCAACGUCACAUCAUAACAAGAAAUCUCUCACUAAAACAUCAAAAUGUCUGACACUGUCCUACACGUGCGCGCUGAAACGAAGCCUCUGGAGCAUCGUUCGGCGGUCACACCGACUGUGGCUAAGAAGCUCGUCGAAGCUGGCUACACUGUCAAUGUCGAGCGCUCACCAUUGAGCAUUUUCCCUGAUAAAGAAUACGAGGGAACUGGUGCCACUCUCGUACCCACUGGGUCUUGGACUGAAGCACCCAAGGAGCACAUCAUUGUUGGUCUCAAGGAAUUACCAGAGGAGGAUUUUCCAUUGAAGCAUACACAUGUUCAAUUUGCGCAUUGCUACAAGGGACAAGGCGGUUGGGACAAGGUGCUCGGCAGAUUCCCGAGAGGAAAGGGUACCUUACUUGAUCUGGAGUUCCUGGAAGAUGAGAACGGAAGACGUGUUGCUGCUUUUGGCUACCACGCUGGAUUCGCAGGAGCUGCUCUCGCCCUCAUGACAUGGGCACACCAACUCGUACACGGCAAAGAUUCCCCUCUGCCUGGCGUUACGCCUUACGAGAAUGAAGGCCUGUUGAUUGAUGAUGUCAAGAAGCACAUCGAAGCCGGCAAGGCCAAAGCCGGUCGUCUGCCACGCGUGCUCGUGAUCGGCGCCCUUGGCCGAUGUGGACGUGGAGCAGUGGACCUCGCGGUCAAGGCUGGCGUCGAGGAUAUCAUCAAGUGGGAUAUCGACGAGACCAAGGCCAAGCCAGGACCAUACCAGGAGAUCAUCGAGUCGGACGUGUUCGUCAACUGCAUCUACCUCUCGGCCAAGAUCCCACCAUUCAUCGACCAAGCUUCGCUCGCCUCGCCCAGCCGCAAGCUCAGUGUCGUCUGCGAUGUGUCUUGCGACACCACGAACCCAAACAACCCAAUUCCGAUCUACGACAUCAACACCACAUUUGAUCGUCCAACAGUACCAGUCAAGCUCUCAGCAGAGGCCAAUGACCUGCCAUUGAGCGUGAUCAGCAUCGACCAUCUGCCUUCGCUCCUUCCGCGAGAAGCCUCCGAAGCUUUCAGCUCGGCUCUCCUGCCCAGUCUUCUCCAGCUGAACGACUGGAAGAACGCCCGGGUCUGGAAGCAAGCUGACAAGCUCUUCAAGGACAAGUGCGCCACUCUGCCGGAUGGGGCUGUCGAUGGUCAAGCUGAGCUCUUAGCUUCUCAGUCGUAAAACUCGAGCGACAGUCGCGUUGAUAUGAUAUAGUUAGAUCGCACCUGUUUUAGGUACCGAAUACCACGAGAUGUCAUGAUAGCUGCCACCUUGCGCCACAUUUCGACUGGCCAUCUCUUUCCCGCAAACUGCAGCUCAUCAAUUGACAUCCACUAACCAGCCCC